AUGUGUUCACCCGGUACAUCGAGAUUAAACCCCUGCGGAAAGCCAACGCCAAGAACAUUUGGAAAGUGUUUCCCCCUAGGCGAGGAAGCUCCCCCACCAUCCUACCCCUCGGCGGCCUGGCGAGCACAGGAGGAGAUUCUGGUCCAGGCCAGAUUCGAAACCAAGCGGGAGAAAUGGAGAGCCCAGGCGGAACCACCGAAGAAGCCCCAGGAAAAACCACAGGACCAGCCCCAGAAACCACCUCAGGAGGAAACCCCCCACAAGCCCCUGACAACACCCCCCCUAAAAGACGACGAGGUCGACCCCUGCGACGUCCCCCUACCCCCCUCGACGACCCCAUCGACCAACUCCCCAUCGCCACCCGACUCCGACGACGAGUUUGAGACACAGACCCCCAACCGUUCCCUUAAGGACUUGAUUAGCACCCUCGCUUUACUUCCCCUACAACCUACAACAACGAAAGAGUUAGAUGAUAAGAUGGACGCUGACUCUCUAAGGCAAUAUCUGGAGGAGCAGCACCAGUGGCAGCGAACUCUCCAGGAGCAGAUGGAGAGGCAGCAACAACAGCUGAAUCGUAUAGAGGAGCAACAACAACAACAUCAUCAUCAUCAACAACAACAACCACAACAACAACCACAGCAACAUCAUCAUCAACAACAACAACCACCACAACAACCACAACAACAAUCACAACAACCAGAACAACAACAACAACAGCAGCCACGACAGUCUUUACUGCAAUUUAUGAUGCACCAGCCACCAGGUUCUGACGAGGAGUUGAUGGAAAUGGUUGCUUGGUGGAUCAACAAUGGUGGUUCAUUAGAAGAAGGUUUGUGA